CAAUAGUCCUAAAUUACAACAUAUUGGGCAGAAAUGGGAAAUGAAAUCAGACGUAAAGAGGUGAAGAUCCUCCUCCUGCACCCUUAUUUCAUCAAUAUGGCACCAUUAAUGCCGCUCCCGGUGUGUCUGAUAGAAAAUGAUGGGAGUAAUCUGGUGGUCAACCAAGAGGCUGAGAAAAUACUCUCCAGAAUCUCUGAACCAGUAAUCGUCGUGUCCAUUGUAGGAAAAUACAGGACAGGAAAAUCCUUCUUGAUGAACCGGCUGGUGGGACGCAAUAAUGGUUUUCCGCUAGGAUCCAGUAUCCAGUCCAAGACUAAAGGGAUCUGGAUGUGGUGCGUUCCUCACCCUUGGAUACCUGGACAUGUUCUGGUUCUGCUGGACACAGAGGGACUAGGAGACGUGGAGAAGGGAGACUCCAAAAAUGACACCUGGGUCUUCUGCCUGUCUGUGCUGCUGAGCAGCGCUCUGGUAUAUAACAGUAUCGGGACCAUCGACCAGCAGGCGAUCGAGCAGUUACACUACGUAACUGAACUAACAGAGGUGAUAAAGCUGAAGUCCACCGAUACCACAGAUGAGACCGCGGAACACGAGAGGUUCCUUCCAUCAUUUACCUGGUGCGUCCGAGACUUCACCCUAUCGCUGGAGCGAGACGGCAAGGAGAUAACGGAAGAUGAAUAUCUGAUGAUGGGUCUAGAGCUCAAAACCGGAGAAAACCUCCAGCAGUACAAUCUCCCUCGUGAGUGCAUCCGAAGCUUCUUCCACUCUCACAAAUGCUUCGUAUUUGACCGACCAACCUCUACGAGGAACCUACAUCGUCUGGACGAGCUGAAGGAGAGUGAACUAGAGGAGGAGUUUAUGGAGCAAGCGGCGAAAUUCUAUGAGCAUAUAAUGAGGAACAGCAGGGUGAAAGCUCUGACCAGGGGAAUAACAGUCACCGGGAAAAUGCUCGGUAAUCUUACAUCCUUGUAUGUGGAUACCAUUCGGAGCGGAGAGAUUCCCAGCAUGGAGAAUGCGGUUCUGACUCUGGCCAAAAUUGAAAAUGCAGGAGCUUUACAAGACGCAAUAUCCAAAUAUGAACAUGAGAUGGAGAGACAUCUUCCGAAGUACCCUAAAGAAACAGAGUUUGACUUCCUGAUCCUGCACAUGAAAUGUACGAGGAAAGCCAUUAAAGUCUUCAUGGAACGAUCAGUGAAUGACCAGGACCAGACAUAUCUACAAGAGCUGAAGAAUCAAAUUGUCAAGAAAAAGAAAGAAUUUAUAAAAAUCAAUGAAGAUUUAUCCAGGGAGGUCUGUAAGAAUCUUCUCCAGACGCUCAGCCAGACCAUGCAGAUUAGGCUCCAGCAGGGAUGUUACUCCAGACCUGGAGGACACAAGGCUUUCUUGAUGGAUAAGCACAUAUUCCUAGAGAAUUAUCAGACAAUAUCUGGAAAGGGAGUAAAGUCUCUGGAGGUUCUGGAAGAUUUCAUACAUGAAAACCAAAACAUUGAAGCUGCCAUCCUCCAGGCAGAGGAGAAGAUCACUCAGGCAGAUCAGCAGUUAGCAGAGUCCCAUAACCAGGCCCUGCGGGCAGAGCGGCGAAGGCAAUCUGCGGAGCAGCAGAACAGGGACCUGCAGCAGUCCAUGAUCACGCAGAGCGCCAAUCAUCAGCAGUUUAUAAACUCCCUCACAGAAAGGAUGGAGCAGGACAGAUGGAGGAUGGCUCAGGAAAACGACUCCCUGAUAACUCGGCAACUUCAGGCUCAACAAUCCAGAAUGAGUUCAUCACAUCAACAAUCCUUGGAUGAAAUGCAAAGGAAUAUCGAGGAAUUAAGAAGACAGAACAGCCAGAGACAGUCGAGCAGUGGAGGAGGAGGAUGUAUACUCUCCUAAAACCUGCUAUUAUGUCAUAACAUAUUCAGCCACCACUAGGGGGAGCUCACUAGAUACGAUUGUGUACAGUCACCACUAGGGGAUCUCACUAGAUAUGAUUGUGUACAGUCACCUCUAGGGGAUCUCAUUAGAUAUUA